UGUCUCAAAGUGAAGCGCAAAAUGAGUCAGUGGAUCAGUAGAGUGGCUGUUGUGACGGCAGUGAGUUCGGGUGUUGGAUCUGCAAUUGCCAAAGAUUUGGCCACUGUUGGGAUGACUGUUGUUGGAUUGACAACAAGCUCGAAGCAGCUGAAAGACUUCAAGAACACUCUGCCAAAGGAAGUGAGUGAUAAUCUGCAUUUAUCGCUGUGUGAUUUGCAAAGCCGAGAAGAAAUAUCCAAGACUUUUGCGCAAAUUGAAGAGAAAUUCGGUGGUACCGACGUACUGGUGAACAAUGCAAUGUUUCGUGACUUCUCAUUUCGCAUUUUCGAGCAGAAAACAUUCGCGAAAAUCCGCAAUACUUACGACACAAACAUCCUGGGACUGACUCUAUGUACACGAGAGGCUCUGGAGUCCAUGAAGCGUCGCUCUGUCGGUGGACACAUCAUCAGUAUUAAUAGUUUUGCAGAGAGUGUUGCGCGACAGAAGCGGAAAACUCUUCCUUCAACGCGGUUUGCUGUGAACGUCUUGGCUGAGAUGUACCGCGAAGAGAAUCCAGGAGUAAAAGUCACCAACAUCGAUACUCGAUUUGUGGCGAAAGGUGACGCAGAUGAGCCUUAUCUGGACACCCAGGAUAUCUGCCAAACCGUCCGAUUUGUCCUGCAAACAUCCCCAAAUGUCAAUGCUGAGAGUGUUUCGCUGGCACAGCACUUAUUCGCCCCGCGCCAUGGACAAUCAGCGAGUUUUGGUGAUGUGGGUGGAAUUGGAGCGCCACCCCUCCAGGGCAAUCCAUCACCGUGGCAUCAAGUCCAAUUCAUCCCCGGCGAAUCUUCCAUCACAUUGAAUAAAACACCAUCGCAUGGGAGAUCCAUCAACCCUUGA